AUGCGCAACCGAAUCGCGCCCCAGUACGCCUGCAUGGACGCCGCCGUCGCCUUCGCCCUUGCCGCUGGCGCCCCUGUCGCGAGCGGUGCGGCGACGCUCCUGCCAGAGGCGCGGCCCGGCUGCUGGUACGUGUACGAUUUUGCGCCCUCGCGGCCAGACACCACAGUGGCCGCAGUGCAGCGCUCGGUGGUGGCAGCGGCAGCGGCGCAGCAGCAGCAGCAGCAGCAGCAGCAGCAGCAGCAGCAGCAGCAGCAGCAAGAGCCGCUGAACGGCUCGGCGCAGGACGCCGCGACGGCCGCUGCGGUGGCCGACGCUGCGGACGCUGCCGCGGCGGAGGUGGCGGCGGUCAGGGCGGGGGCCACCCAUCUCGCGGCUGCCGAGGCUGCGACGGCGGGCUCCGCGCAGCGCCCCGUCAGCGCGGCGGCGCUGGCCGAGGUGGCGGCGAACAGGGCGGACGUUCUGGAGCGACUGGGCUGCGGCCCGGCGCAGGCGGCGGCGCUGGCGGCGUCCAUAGAAGCCGCGCUGCGGCGGCUGCCGGGCGGCUGGCAGGGGGAGGCGCCGCGGGACCUGGGGCUGCUGCUGUUUGCUGCGCUGCAGUGGGAGGCCAUGGCUGGGCCGCCGCCGCUGGUGCGCGUGGACGUGGGCAGCGGGCCCUGCAGCAAGCCGCGGCUGCGGCUGGAGGAGGGGCUGACGACAGAGGCUGAGCUGCAGGCGGGGGGCGCGUGGCCCGUGGGCGCGGAGCAGGACGCGGAGGGCGCAGCAGGGCAGCAGCAGCAGCAGCAGCAGCAGCAGCAGCAGCAGCAGCAACAGCAGCAGCAACAGCAGCAGCAGCAGCAGCAAGAGGAGCAGCGCACAAGGUUGGAGGCGGCAGCGGCCAAGGAUGGCAGCGGUGCUGUUGCAGGGGGCCGCAAGCGCCAGCGGCCACAGAGUGGGGAAGCCCGAGAGCCAAUGGUUGGUGCGCAAGAGGACAAGCAGCAGGCUCAGCAGCGUGAGCAGCAACAGCAGGUGCCAGCCGCCACUGCUGCUGCGGCGGCGGGGCCCACGCGCGCGCGGCGGGCCGCGUCCAGGCGUGUGGAGGCGGUGCUGGCGGCGGAGGCGGUGUUGGCUGUAGAGAGCGCCAGCUCUGAUUACUGGACCUCGUCAUCGUCGGAAGAGGAUGACUCAGAUGACGGGGAUGGGGAAGAGGGGGAAAACGGGGAGGGUGGACGGCAGCAGCAGGGAAAGCAGCCGCAGCAGCCGGCAAAGAGGCAGCGGCAGCAGCAGCAGGCCCCCCGCGCCCCGCCCAAGCCGCGUGUCAAGCAGCGGGGCGUGUCGCCGGCCGUCACGGCAGCCGCGCCGGGGCGAGCCGCGUCCCCGCCGCCGCCUGGCGGGCCGCCCCAGUACCAGCUCAUCCCCCGCAACCUGCGCAUCUUCAGCAGCGCGGCCGCGGCGCCGGAACCCGCGCCGCCGCGCUGCGGCUGCGACCCCGCAUGCGGCCAGGCCUGCCGGGAGGAGGACGGCUGCAUGAAUCGCCUGCUGCGCAUCCAGUGCGGCCCGGGUCCCGCCGGCUGCGCGUGCGGGGCCGCGUGCCGCAACCAGGAGGUCGCCUCGGGCCGGGGCGCGGCCGUGGAGGCCGGCUGGGCGGGGGCCGCCAAGGGCUGGGGGCUGUUUGCGCGCAACCACAUCCCUGGGGGCGCCUUUGUGGCUGAAUUUGUGGGGGAGGUGCUGCAGCUGGCGGCGGCGGCGGAGCGGCUGGCGGCGCGCGCGCGGGAGGGGGCGCGCGGCGCGUUCGCCUUUGACCUGACUCCCAGCGGCGGGGAGGUGGUGGACGCGACGCACAUGGCGGGGGGCCCGGCGCGAUUCGUCAACCACAGCUGCGAGCCCAACUGCGAGUGGCAGAACUGGGACGUGCGCGGGGAGCAGCGGCUCUGCCUCUUCACGCUGCGGGGCGUCACCGCGGGGGAGGAGCUCACGGUGGAUUACGCAUUCAGGGCGCACGCCACCGCUGAGUCAGCGUGCGCUUGCGGGGCGGCGCGCUGCGCCGGGCGCGUGCCGGAGGUGCUGGCGUGA